GCGCCGCGUGCGUGGCUCGCAACGGGGCCGGGCUGAGGAGCGUCGCCGCCUCGGCUCUUAAGGAGGGGCGCUCGGCGGCGGCCCCCCGGGAGUUGCGGUGCGCCCGGCGAAGAUGGAGCCCCGCCACCUGCAGCAGCAGCAGCAAUCGCAGCAGCCGCUGCCGCCGCCGACGCACCAGCAGCCGCAGCGCCCUCGCUCUCACACCGUCACCACCACCAGCAGCUCCUUCACGGCGAACUUGUCGGCCGGCUCCGGCGCCCUCGCCUACGACCGGGACUUCCUGAGGACUAUGCCCGGGCUGCUCAUGGUGGUCGAGAUUGUGCUAGGCUUGUUGGUAUGGACACUGAUUGCUGGAACAGAAUAUUUCCUGUAUCCUGUCUUUGGCUGGGUGAUGUUUGUGGCUGUAUUUUAUUGGGUUCUUACACUCUUCUUUUUAAUCAUCUACAUGACAAUGACUUACACCAGAAUUCCACAGGUGCCAUGGACCACGGUGGGUCUGUUUUUUAAUGGGAGUGCCUUUCUUUUGUACUUCAUUGCUGCCAUUGUAGAAGCAUCUGCAGUCACCAAAGAACUGGAUAGCCACAACUAUAACAGCUGGGCAGCUUCUUCAUUCUUUGCCUUCGCUGUCACAUUCUGCUAUGCUGGAAAUACCUAUUUUAGUUUUAUAUCUUGGAGAUCGCGGACCUUACAAUAAAUAUUCUCUUGAAAGAAAAAAGAAAAACAAACGCACAGAUAUAAUGUGUCUAGAAGAUCUAUACUAUGUGACUGAGUAUUGGCUUGUUUCCAAAAUAGUGUAUGUGCAGCUUUAUCCGGUGCACUCUGCUGUGAACCCCAAUGCCUUCAUUCAAACUAGUGUUUGGCCACUAGAAACAUGCUGUUGUUUUCCUCUUCUCUCUCACUUGGUCAUGGCAGUAUCUUCCUCCUCUUCUUAGUUCACAAUAAUCUGCUUUGAUGCCCAAAUUGGGAAACCAUAAAUUAUUCUUAACUACAAUCCUAUCACUAUCCGAAGUGGCAUUCUGAGAACACAACUGGGUGUAGUGGCCUGGGGAUGCUGCCACCAUUUUAGAGCCAUCAAGUGGGCAAUUUAAAAAUGCUACGAGGGCCUCCUCUGGAUGGGGCCCACAACAUGGCAGGAUCGGGUGCUCUUGUUCCCAGCCCCCAUGCCUUUUCAAGUGCCAAAACGGUGUUCCCUGCAGCUGUUUUGGCACUUGAAAAGUGUGGGGGGGAGCAAGCGUGGCUGGUCUCACAGAGCCGCAGCAGGCCCUCAUAGCAUUUUUAAAUCACCUGUGUUAGGCUCUAAAAUGGCAGCAGCAUCCCCAGGUCAAACCUAAGGGAUGCUGUCACAUCUAGUUGGGCCCUGAUUCCAGUUAGGAAGCAAAGCAUAAGGUUGAAGCCAGCCAACUUUUGCACUUAUUCUCACCCAGUUCCUCUCUACCCUACAGCUUCGCUCCCGCAUGACUGUUUUACAUACAGGCCCUAUGAUUCUCAGCCUAGCCAUUUUGGCUAGUCUUCCUUUUUCACCAGUAGAAAAAGUUGGUUGGCUCUAACUCAUGCCUAGCCAUAACUAUGGUGGAGCUGAUUUGGAUGUCAUGGCAUAUAGUAGUAACUUUCCUCCACAGGGAUACACAGGAUUGGCAUGUACUAUAUAAAGGAGAGAGCUCGCAUGUUGGCGACAACCACACAUCUUAUGGCUGUGACAUUAUUUCAGCCUUAGAUUUCAUGGACAGUGUUUUUUUGUAAGUAUGAUUGAAACAGGGACAUAUUUAAAACAUGCUCGUUUUGUAGCAGGGAAGCAACCCUCUCCUCUGUCUGAUGAAGUAUUAUGUGUGGAAGAUUUUAUACUAUGUGUAAAGGAUGCUUAACACAUAGUUAAGUGUCCUAGGCAAUAUGUUUUCUAUUGUAACAAAAUUGUCAAUACAGCUCAGUAUACAUAUUUUUCUUAUUUUGUAAAUGUAACUGUUAAAAUUUCUGCAUAAUUAAGUGCCACUGUCUCAGAAACACUGAGGUACAGGCAAAAAUAAUUUAUAAUAUUUUUAUAUGCGCUAGAAAACUUUCUGUAUUCAGGAAAACAUUCCCACUUUAAAGCCAGUCUUAAAGUUUUAGCAUUCAGACUGAAUCGGUAAUUUUCACUGAUGCCCCCUUUCCAGUGCAAACAACACGUCUCCCUCAUAUCCCCCAAGAGCAUCAUCUUAAGGAGACCAGACAGUUGUAGUGAGAGAGAAGGGCCAGGAAAGUUCUGUUCUACCGAUGGAAAAUUUAAGCUAGAUCCAACCCAUAAGAGGACUGCACUCUAAUGCAUCCUGAUUAAAAAUAAUUAAGUGCCAUCAAGUUGCAACUAAUGGCAACCUUCUCAACACCAGAGAUAAGCAGAGAGGUUUGCCAUUGCCUUCCCCUCUAUAGCAUCUCCAGUCUUUUUUGGUGGUCUCCCAUCCAAGUACUAACCCUGCUUGGCUUCCAAACUGGCUAGUCUGGGCUAUUCAGGCUAUUUAUUUGGGAAUUUGACAGGUCAGAGAUUUUCAAGUAUUGUCCAAUAACAGUUGAGUAUUAAAGCAUUAACUGUCAGCAUGGCAAACACUUAGACUAAUUACAAACACAUGUUAGUUGAUUCUUUUUUGCUGCAAGGUUAGGCUUGCCCCAACCAGGCUAAGCAGGGAGGACCCCUCAUUUCUCUCCAGGCUAACAAGUGACACUGUAAUUUAAUCUCUAAAGGUAAACUGUCUACAUAGUAGCAUUCUGGGAUUCAUGGACUAUUCAACUGCAAUCAAAUAAUAGGAGGUCAAUCAACAAUUUGUAACUGGUCAAGUGAUCAGCAUGCCAAGUCUAAUUCAUCUCUGAAGUUAGCAUACGGGGGAAAUGUUGAGCUUCUGGUAUUCCAAUGAACAGAACACAGCCUUGCGAAUAUUUAUACAGCAGACCUGGCUCCUUAGCUCUGCCAAAAGCCAACAGUGCAAGCUGUUCUGAAGCUGUUGCAAUGGGAAAACUUCAAUUUAAUGAUAAGUAGAAAACAUGACAUAGUUGUUGAUAUGGUGGUCUCUCAGAAGUCUUUUUCAUUAAAAAAAAUGUAAUCACAGUAAGAACAACAACUAGCUCACUUCAUAGUACCAGCCACAUGAACUAGAAAUUGAGCAAACAAGAAGGGGACAGUUUGUGCUGAUUUCACCCCCACCAAUGCCCCUUGAAAUGCUGCUCCUGGGGAAUGUGGGAGCCCAAGGAAUAACUAAGUAGGGGGAAUUCAUUGGGGAAAAAACCCUUUGAUAUCAGUGAAAGUUCUAGACAGAAUACCAGCCAUUGACUGAUUUAUAUAAUACAGCCUGAAAGUCAAAGUGUGUUGGUUUUAAUUCUAUUUUAUUACCUUAAACUAGUGUAUUAAGACUAGCAAGCCUAACUUUAAAAAAUGAAUUGUUUUUCAUCUUAAAUGGUGCCGCAAAUAUCUCCACUGGAUAUUUGGUAGAAAACUGGGUUUGUAUUUUCUAUAAACUGUUCUUUGUACAUGACAGUGGAAAAAAAACUUAAUUACAUUAUUGUGGUGUUGCUCUUUCUUGACUUGUGAGAUGCAGUUUCAAUAAAUGUGGAUUUACUGUGACUCUUCUUUAA